AUGGAUGAGGUAAAUGGAACAUAUAUUACUCUUGAUGGGUAUGUAGAAGUUAGCAAAUACAGAUAUCUUUAUUUUGUUGUUAUAUUCACAUUAUAUAUUCUAAUUAUAUGCAGUAAUUGUACUAUUGUGUACCUUAUCUGGAGACACAAAAACCUCCAUGAGCCUAUGUACAUUUUUAUUGCAGCUUUGUUAGUGAACUCUAUUAUUUACAGCACUGCUAUGUAUCCAAAGCUUCUGUUGGACGUUUUAUCUGACAAACAGAUCAUGCCUUAUUCAGCCUGUCUCUUCCAAUUUUAUGUAUUUUACACUAUAGGCAGUUCAGAAUUCUUACUGCUGUCGGCCAUGGCCUAUGACAGAUAUGUGUCCAUAUGUAAACCUCUACAAUACUCAACUAUCAUGAGAAAAACCACUGUGAGUAUGUGCCUGUUUUUUGCUUGGCUUGUGCCUGCCAUUCAGAUUGCAGUUCCAACAAUAAUUAGUUCUCAAAUAAAACUGUGUGACUUUACACUAAAAGGAAUAUUUUGUAACAACAAAAUUUACGAACUUCAAUGUGCAAGAUCAAGGGUAAUCAAUAUAUUUGGAAUUUUUUGUUUAGUAGAUCUGGUAGCUCUUCCUAUACUCUUCAUCAUUUUUACUUACACAAAAAUACUUAUAAUAACCUUGAAUAGUUGUAAAGAAGUAAGGAAGAAAGCUGCAGAGACAUGUUUACCGCACCUUUUGGUUCUGAUCUGUUUUUCUUGUCUGCUUACAUAUGAUGUAAGUGCCGCUCGAGUGGAAUCUAAUUAUUCCAAAACGGCACGCUUAAUAAUGAUGUUGCAAAUAGUUUUAUAUCAUCCUUUGUUUAAUCCACUCGUAUAUGGGCUCAAAAUGAAAGAAAUUUCCAAACACCUCAAAAAGUUGUUCUAUUCAGCCUAA